AUGAGUGCAAUCGCUGACGGCACCGAUGGCUCCGUUGAGAAGGUCAAGGUGCUGUUCGCCCUCUUCCCUGGCUACAACACCCUCGACGUGGCUGGUCCACUCGAGGUCUUGAGCCGUUCUCUUCAAAACCCCAAGGACAAGUCCAGCAAGGCCUUCGAGUGCCAGUUUGUUGGCCCCGCAGCCGCCAUGACCUCUGUCCAGGGCCUCACCAUCAAGGCCGAUAUGGACUACGAUGACGCCAACGACGAGCUCGAGGACUUUGAUGUCAUCAUCGUGCCCGGUGGUGAGGGUAUCUUCGAGGUCCUCAAGAGCAAGACCGAGCCCCUCAACCUCCUCACCAAGUACGUCGAGUUGCAGGAGAAGAACCCUGCUAAGGAGCGAACCGUCCUCGCUAUCGACGUCGGCUCCCUCUUGCUUGCCCAGCAGGGUAUGCUUGAGGGUCUGGCAGCUACAACACACCCAGACUACUACGUACGUCUGGAGACUCUCUGUCAAGACGCUGCGAAGCGUGACAUGUCCAUGCGUACCGACGUUAUGGAGGAGCGUUACGUCGUCAACAACGCCCGCUUUGACUUGGGUGAAAACCCCGACGACAACCCAUACAUCAUCAAGAAGGACCGCUCAGGUGCUAUUCCUGACGGCACCACGACUCAGAAUGGACGCAGGAUGUCCAUUGCUCGUAAGGGCAGCAACGCUUGGCGCGAUUCACGCCGCCGCGAGUCCAUUGCCAGGCGUGCCUCCAUGCCGCUGGGCGGUAUGCGUGUCAUCACCACGGGUGGUGUCACUGCAGGCCUCGAUGCCAGCCUCUAUCUGGUUGGUACCUUGGCCUCUCACGAUUCGGCUCUCGAGGUUGCUCGCGUUAUGCAGUACUCGUGGGUCAAGGGCGUUACGGUCGAUGCGAUCGACGUUUAA